UCUGCCUCCAACAGCCACGAAGAAAACAUCGCAUCAUUGAGUUCAGACUUCAACUUUAAACUUGUGAAAGCUAAAGAGAAAAACAAUGAUUUUCAUCGGCAUGAUCUUCACGACCCUGGCAACAGCAGCUCUUGCAAAAGGAACUAUUAAAUGCAAUUUCUCUGGAGCUGCUGGAGCUCGGUGGUGCUCUGGAGCGGUGGGACAGCUGCUGAUUUUUCAUCUGACAAAUACAGCAAAGCCAAAUAUUAGGUUGGAAAAGGAUGAAAAAUAUGUGAUUUUAAGAACAGCAAAAAAUCAGAUAGAGACGCAUGAAGAAUAUGUGAAUCACUCUGAAGUCUUCGCCAAUGGAACGAUCACACUCGGCAAUGCAAUGAAGAGACACUCUGGAGAUUACCUGCUGCAAGAAUUUGAAUCCAACGGCGUUUUACUGAAAAAGGUCAACAUGCAUCUUGAACUACAAGUUCCAGUGUCAAAGCCAGCUGUUUCCCAGAUGUGUUUGUCACCAGAACUUCAGAGGAACAUCAGCUGCUCCUCUGAAGGAGACGCAGUCCAGUUCAUGUUGACCCUGAACGGUCUGUUACUGGUGCCGACCAGAUGCCACAGCCAGACACCUCGCACCAGGACAGAGUCACCGUCUGGGUAUAACACCGAACCAGAACAACCGAGAGUUUCACACGUCACCGUCGGUUUACACAGCGAGCAGACAGGAAAGUUAACAUGCCGAGUGUGGAACAAUUUCACCAAAGACGAAACCGUUAUUCACCUGAAGAGCUGCCGAGUUUCUUUGUUCCCCGUUGUGACGUUGGUUGUGACAGCAAGUGUCGUUUCUCUGCUUCUUCUCGCCGCUCUGUGUCUCGGUUUAAUAAAACGUAACAAAAGAAAACCUGCAGCCGCUGAUGAAGGUAACACUGGAGAUGAAAUUGUCUACGCAGAUGUUAGAAUAAAGAAAACAAGGAAAACUGGAGCCAACUCACAUCAGAAUGCAGCAGAAUUUCUUCCAUAAACAUUAAGAAACCGUCUUAUUUUGAACAGUUUCACUGUCCUAACCUACAGAUAAAUAAAAUAAAAAAGUGAAACUUUCUUCCACCUGUAGACUUACUCAUUAGGCUACUGACAUACAAAAAUAAAACAAUAGUCUAUAGUACAGACUAUUGUUUUAUUUUCUCUUGAUUCCUGAAAUACCAUAUUGUGGAAUCGUUUUAUGCACAUUAAUGCAUUUUUUUACUAUUUCAAAUAAACUUUUGAAUAUAUGGAUGAUUCACUUGAUAUGCAUUUGGGGGUCAGAUUAGUGAACGUAUUGUGUAGUUAACGUGAGCUCUUUGGACAUUCUGUCUGGAUACGUUUAUUAUAUGUGGAGAAUCACAUUUGCAUAUUUGAUCAUAACAACCUGAAAGUGACAGGAAGUCCAAGCAACUCCCCCUGAUAGGAACCCAUUAGUUUAGCUUGUCAAUGUCACCAAUAGCUCGUGGUCGACAUCUGGAACAUCUGGAAGUUCUGCAAAAACGCUCACUUCAAGUUUGAAGUGUGAGUUGUAAGUAAUGAAGUUAUCAUGUCUGACCACACGAUGGAGCCAAAGCUGUAGUUCAUGUCAGCAUGGCUGGAAAGUUUAGAUCAACAUUUGCUGCACAGCCUUGUUUCCACCAACAGGGUCUAUUAUUAUUAUAAUAAUAAUAAUAAUAAUAAUAAUAAUAACUGCAGCGGAAAUGAUGCUGCUCACCAAUCGAGCUUUGAGACUUUAAAAGGAUGUUUUCAAGGACCGACAUCUGUUUUG